AUGGCUCUCUUUGGACGCAGAGCUCGGUCCCCGUCGAGGGCCGCUGCUCCAGCCGCCGACAAUACGACGACGACGACGACGACGCGACGAGGCUGGGGAUUUGGCCGUGGUGGCCAUGGGAGCCGUCACCAGGCGUACUCGAUGCACACGCGGCCCAGCUUUGGCCAGUGGCUCAAGUUUACCUGGCUGGAUAUCUUGACCAUGGUGGCUAUGGGAGCUAUUGGUCUUGGUAUUUACGAGGCCAAACCUGCACCGACUCGAUCGUUCCCCGUUACCUUCUCCGAUGGCGAGAUUGUCUGGCCCGAGUUUGGCUAUCCCUAUCGCAAAGAGAUUGUCCCCAUCUGGUUGGCCGCUUUUCUCGCCUCCAUCAUCCCCAUUGCGGUCAUCCUGGUUAUGCAGAUCCGCAUCCGCUCAUUCUGGGAUGUCAACAACGGCGUCCUUGGCCUCUUGUAUUCCCUCAUUUCUGCCGCCGUAUUCCAGGUGUUUUGCAAAUGGCUCAUCGGCGGUCUUCGGCCUCACUUCCUGGACGUGUGCAAGCCGGACAUGAGCCGUGUCACCACCCAGGGCCUAGACAGGGCCGGGUUCCAGCAGAUUUACUUUACACGGGACAUUUGCACCGGAGACCCAGAUCAGAUUGACGACAGCCUGGAGUCGUUCCCCAGCGGCCAUACGACGGCCGCCUUUGCAGGCUUCGUCUUCCUCUACCUGUACCUCAACGCCAAGCUCAAGGUCUUCUCCAACUACCACCCCGCCAUGUGGAAGCUCAUUGUGCUCUACGCGCCCAUCCUCGGCGCGGUGCUCAUCGGCGGCGCGCUCACCAUUGACGAGUUCCACAACUGGUACGACGUGGUGGCCGGCGCCAUCAUCGGCACGGCCAUGGCCUUUUCGGGGUACCGCAUGACGUACGCGGCCAUCUGGGACUGGCGCUUCAACCACAUCCCGCUGAACCGGGGCGUGGCGUUUCCCUACGCGGUUGGCAAUGGGGAUUUGUUUGGGGCGACGUUUACGAGGCGCGUGGGGUGGGGG